GUGCCACGGAAUAAGAACUCCGGCAGCUGCCACCCUUAACACUCUUUGACGGCAGGAACUUCACAAUUUCCCCUCGGCUCCCGUUUCCAUUUGUCCCGCAACGAUUCCAAUGGCUUCCUUGAUUCGAAUGCCGUAUCCUCUCAUUCUCCUUCUCAUCCUCAUCAUGGCUACAGCCUCCCAUUCUCAUCCCAUGCAAGGGUUUUGCUCAGUGGAGAGCGACCCGGAGCUGACUUCUUCCUCGGGAAAGAUUUUGAUUAAGCAUGGAACUGUGGUCAACGCUCAUCACAAGGUGGUAGCGGAUGUGUACAUAGAGGAUGGGGUCGUCGUCUCUGUCCGCCCGAACAUUGCGGUUGGUGAUGAUGUGAAAGUUAUUGAUGCUACGGGGAAAUAUGUCAUGCCAGGUGGUAUUGAUCCGCACACGCACAUGGAGAUGGAUUUCAUGGGGACUGUGACAAUAGAUGAUUUUUAUACUGGCCAAGCAGCUGCACUGGCAGGAGGAACAACAAUGCAUAUUGACUUUGUUAUUCCAAUUAAUGGGAAUUUAUCUGCUGGUUUUGCAUCAUACGUGGAAAAAGCCAAAAAGUCUGUUAUGGAUUAUGGUUUUCAUAUGGCCAUAACCAAGUGGGAUGAAGCGGUUUCCAAGGAAAUGGAACUCAUGGUUAAAGAGAAUGGGAUCAACUCUUUCAAAUUCUUUAUGGCAUACAAAGGAUCAUUGAUGAUCAAUGAUGAGCUUUUACUUAAAGGCCUUGAAAAGUGCAAGUCUCUUGGUGCACUAGCCAUGGUCCAUGCAGAAAAUGGAGAUGCUGUUGCUGAAGGGCAGAGGAGGAUAAUUGACCUUGGAAUAACGGGUCCGGAGGGGCAUGCACUUUCGAGGCCUCCUGUGUUGGAAGGUGAAGCAACUGCCAGGGCAAUUCGGUUGGCUAGCUUUAUUAAUGCUCCGCUAUAUGUUGUGCAUGUGAUGAGCAUCGAUGCCAUGGAGGAAAUUGCGAAAGCUAGAAAAUCAGGUCAAAGGGUUAUUGGUGAACCUGUAGUUUCUGGUUUGACCCUUGAUGAAUCCGGGCUUUGGGACUCCGAUUUCACAACUGCUGCAAAAUUUGUUAUGAGUCCUCCAAUAAGGAAAGCGGGACAUGACAAAGCCCUCCAGAAUGCACUAGCAACAGGAAUUUUGCAGCUUGUUGGCACGGAUCAUUGCACAUUCAACUCAACACAGAAGUCUUUUGGAUAUGGGGACUUCAGAAAAAUUCCAAAUGGUGUUAAUGGUAUAGAGGAAAGGAUGCAUCUCAUCUGGGAGACAAUGGUGGAGUCUGAAAAAAUAACUGUAACAGAUUAUGUACGUAUAACAAGUACCGAGUGUGCUAAAAUAUUCAACAUAUAUCCGAAAAAGGGAGCAAUAUUAGAAGGUUCUGAUGCUGAUAUAAUCGUACUCAAUCCCAAUGCAAGCUUCCGGAUAUCUGCUACUUCCCACCAUUCGAGAUCUGACACUAAUGUGUAUGAGGGGAAAACUGGGAAGGGCAAAGUAGAGGUGACAAUUUCAGGUGGAAGAGUGGUCUGGGAAGAAGGGAAUCUGAAGAUAACUUCAGGCUCCGGGAAGUACAUAAAAAUGCCACCUUUUAGCUAUCUAUUUGAUGGCAUUGAUAAGGCAGAUGCUAAUUAUCUAGCUUCUCUUCAUUCUCCGGUUCAUCGAACAGCUGCAGCUUUUUGAGAUCAAUUUGAAGCCACCUUGGAAGGAAGUAUUGAAAGAGUAGAAUGCAUAAAAACUUGUAGUCACAGAAUUGAUACUUUUUCAAAGAUGGCAGACUUUUAGUUGUGAUCUGUGUAGAGAUCAUUAAUCAUCAGUAUAUGCAGUCUUGUAUAAUAGUUCUCCUGUCCAUAUAUUUAUGUGAACAAAAUAAAGAGUUUGGGUUUGAUUUGUUGGUGAAAAAAAGUUGCAGAAUUUUGCUUGAAAAAUAAU